UUGUGAUUUGAGAGGACUGAUUUGGAAGGUUAAGUGAGAGUAGUGCUCAGGGAUUGUGUGUAUUAAGCCAAUUUUUGAAAUAUAGCCUCGUAUAUCAGGAUUUAUUUAAACUAGCGCAAUUUCAGGAUUAAUUAUUCCACAACCUCUUUUAUCAAGCCUCAGAUUGUCUCUUGGGUUCUACACCUACAGACAAUAUCUUGAAUGAAGUUUGGAAGGACCAAUAUUAAGCUCCCAAGUUUGUAUGGUUCUCCAGUUGUAGAUUUAAAGGCAAAAUUUACUCAAAAUAUUUACGAAUAAGCCUCUUUUUAAUAUUUUAUUGAUAAAAUAUGAGGAACUUUCUGGCUGAGCUUGAAUAAUAUUACUAAAGCAACAAGAAGGAGGGUGUUAUUUUAAUACUUAGGCGCUCCUGGCUGAUUCAAGAACUCAUAAAACUUGGAGUAAAUUCCAAAAGAUGAGUAUUAUUCAUUCUUUAGCUGGUAUAGUUAGCAAAAGAAGCUACCUGAACAGUUUCUCAGACGAUGAGGUUUACUAAUUAUUCAAAUUUCUAAUCUGCUAAGGCAAAGGUAUCGAACUAGCAUAUUUAUAAGCUUUCUGAAUUUUCUAAUUUCACCAGUCUUACUCAAGAAUUAUCAGCCCUAGCAAGCAAUACUAUUUAAGAAGUUAAAAAUUAAUUCUCAUAAUAAUAAAAAUGAUUUUCUCUAAUUUUAACAACAGCAAUAAUUUAGCUUCAUUGCUAGUAUGGAGCUACUGAGACCUCCUUCAAAAGCUCAGCCCAACGUACUGCGUUGAUGUCAAGUCUGAAGGAGUGUUGCGGAGCACAAAUUCUUGGACUCCCUCCUCCCAAAAAGCUGAGGUUAUGCCUACAACUGUCGAAGAAAGCAGAAAUGAACUAAGAGCCAAACAUGAAAAUGAUAGUCAAUUCGAUUGGAGUUCUAAAGGAUCUGCCUUUAAUAAAUAUCAGAUAGAGGAUUCUAACCCUAGCUAUUCUGAAGAAGAAUCUAUUUCAGAAAACAGUGAAGAGUCCUGGAGUAUUGCAUCGUUGCCUAAAAGGCGUAAGCGUAAGGUGAAAGAACUUGAUAUCAGAGAAGACCUCCAGACCUUAAGAUCUCGUAUCAUCAGCCAAGAUGCUACUGAGUUUAGUUCUUCAUCAAAGAAAGCUAAAAGUGGUAACAAAAAAUGUCUCAAAAGGAGAUCUAAAUACAUUGGUGUUUCUAAAAAUAACUCUAACUGGCAAGCCCUCAUUAACCUCGGCAAAGUCAAGAAAUACAUUGGCACUUUUUCUAGCCAAAUGCAAGCUGCAAGGGCUUACGAUAUAUACUCAGUUGCACUUAGAGGUGAAGAAGGAGCACUCAACUUUGACUACACAGCUGAAGAAAUGCUUGAAAGAAUCGAGUACUUUCUGAAACACAAAUGUAUUAAAUUUGAUUCUUAA